ACUAUUUAUAUAGAAACAAAUGAAGUGAUUCAAAACAUUGGAUUUAAUGGUACUUUCAAUCAAAAUGUUAAAACACUUAAAUUUACAAAGAUCAAUGAAUAUAAUACAAAUUUUAAAGAUUCAAACACUGCAAAUGUCAUUUAUAUUACAAACGAAUCAAUUAAUAACAAUAACAUAUCAGUCUCUAACAAAAAAUUUAAACUUCUUGUUGGGGAAAAAUAUGGGCUUAAAGGUACUAAUAACAUUACAACGCAAAUGAAUGAUGUUGUGUUUAAUGAUAAGCAAAACUGCACUGCUUUAUUUAUUGACAAAACAGAUAUAUCAUGUAAAUACUGUAAAAAUUCGUAUUUACUUGAUAAUCAAUGCAAAAAUUAUGAUAAUAAUUGCAUGUUAUCAACAACGCAAACAAAUGUCACAACAAAGGUUUGUGAAUCGUGUCCUGAUUCGUAUUAUUUUUACAAAAACAAGUGUUUUGAAUGUUCAAAUGGGUGUUUAAAAUGUGUGAAGGAAGGGUGUGUUUUAUGUGAUACAGGCUAUUUGUUGGUUCAACAAAAUGGAGUAGACAUUUGCGAAUCACCAAAUAACACCAUUUUAGCCAAACAUAAUUUAAUUAUGAAAUGCGAAGAAGGGUAUUACUCUAGAUAUGCAGAGUGUGUAAAAUGCGACUCAAAUUGUCUGGCAUGUGUUGAUGAAAGCAUUUGUACAAUAUGUAAGAAUAAAUAUAUUUUACAAAACAAAAAGUGUGAAUUACAAUCAAAUGCAUUUUUAACAGACAACACCAACAUAGUUUUGUGUUCACAAGGGUUUUAUUACAACGUUGAGAAUUUACGAUGUGAACAGUGUAAAAACAAGUAUGGAGAGUCAUGUGAAAAAUGCACACCAACGAAUUGUGAGAAGUGUGAAGAUAGUGUUUAUACCAAAAAUAAUUUAUGUGAAAAUGAGACUACGACUGGAUGUACUUCAAACGACAAUGUAUAUUGCACUGCUUGUAACUCAACAAACAAAUUUAUUGAUAAGAAUGGAGUUUGUGUAUAUUCCAUUAAUUGUGAUAUUUCAAACAAAAACGGGAAAUGUGUGACAUGUGAAAAUACAUAUGUUAUAUCAGAAGAUUCAACAUGCAAAUCAAACGAAUUUAAAGAUAUCCAUUGUUCAAUUUUUAAUUCUGAACAAGACCGUUGUAUUCUUUGUGAAAGUAAUUAUUAUCUCUCAAAUUUAACAUGUGAAAAAUGUACUUCAAAUUGUGUUUACUGUGCGUCUCAAGAUGUUUGUUUGAUAUGUUCCUCGUUGUAUUCUCUUCAAAACGGCAGUUGUUUUAUCACUUCCAAUAAUGAGACACAUUGCAAGAUAGUGAUUGAAGGCUCCUCAAAGUGUGCUCUAUGUGAAAAUUCGUUUUUCAGAAAUGACAAAGGAGAGUGUGAAAAGUGUAUUGAUAACUGUUUAUUUUGUAACCAAAAGUCGACAUGCAUUACUUGCAAUGAAAACACAUUUUUACUCACAAAUUCAACACAAUGCAUUCAAUUCGAUGAACUUGAAAAUUGUGAAGUUAAAAGCAAAUUUGGAUGUCAAAAAUGUGUUGACGGUUUUUAUGUGUCCAACCAAUUUUGUAAUAAAUGUGACACACUCACAACUUUUUGUGAGAAAUGUGACAUUAUGGGUAUAUGCACAUCUUGUUCAUCAAAAUACAUUUUAUUGAACAACAAAUGUUUAUCAAUGGAAGAAGUAAAACAUUGUGUUGAGGUGAAAAGUUCAAAAUGCGUCAAAUGUGAUUUUUGGUAUGAGACUGGUGUUACACAAACGUCGUGUGAUAAGCAUGCCGUGUGGUGGAUAAUUCUGAUUAUCGUCAUAUUGCUUCUUAUUCUGUUUGUGAUCAUAACUUUACUUAUAUUAUAUACAGUGUAUUACAUAUUAGAGAAGAGAAAGGUGCAUGACUUACAAAAAAAGACGUGUCUCUUCUCGAUGAACUCCUCAAACAUCAAUUUUGUGAAACUCCAAAAUUCGUUUAUUUCAGUCAACAAAACUGAAAUAGUUUUUGAAAGUGAAAAUGAUACCUUGAUAGAUGUUGAUUGUGAAAGUCGUGAGUUAAUUUGUGUUGGAAACACCUCACAUCACACCAUCAAAGUCCAAUUCACGUUUAAAACUUCAAAUGUGAAAUAUCAAAUACGUUCAGAACCACAAGUCAUUGCAAUUCCAAAAGGAAAAGCCGUUGAAUUUGAAGUCUUUAUAAUGCCAUUAUGCUCUACUAACAUUGACGAUGAAAUCACAUUAUUUGCUGUUGAUAUGAAGAAAGGAGAGAACUUCCAAUUCCCGUUGAAAAUCAGUGCACAAACCAAAAUGACGACACGAUUGGAUUUCGACGAGUUAAUUGAAGAGAAGGAGAUUGGUCAUGGCUCUUUUGGAAUUGUAUACAAAGGUGACUUUAUCGUCCAUUUCUACGGCGCUGUGCUCAUCCCAAAUAAAGUGUGUAUGGUCACCGAAUUUGCAGCUUUUGGGUCUUUACAAGACUUAAUCAAAAAGUUGCCCAAAACUUCAAAUAAAAAUCAUUACACAAAAACGUCCGUUAUAAACAAUGAGAAAAAAUCAAUCAAAUACUGCGAAGAUGAAAUACAAAAUGAAAUUGAAAGACUUGAAGAAGACGAGAGAAAAGGUGCGACAUUUGAUAAUGAAAAGAAUUUAGUUUUAAACGACGAGAACAAACAAAUUGAAAAUAAAAAUCAUUAUCAGAAAACGUCCGUUAUAAAUCAAGAAAAGAAAAUGAAAGAACACGAGACGAUUGACUUAAAUGAUAACACGAAAAAUGAAAAUAUAAAUGAAAAUUGUGUGACUGAAAAACUUCGAAUUAAAUUUUUACUUGAUGCGGCAAAGGGUGUUUUUUAUCUUCACGAAAACGGCAUUUUGCAUAGAGACAUCAAGCCGGAUAACAUCUUAGUGUUUUCAAUGGACGUUAACGAGAGAGUGAAUGCAAAAUUGACUGAUUUUGGGUCAAGUAGAAACAUCAAUUUAUUAAUGACAAAUAUGACAUUCACAAAAGGCGUUGGCACACCUAAAUAUAUGGCGCCUGAAAUUUUAAAUAAGGAGAAGUACAAAAAGAGUGCAGACAUAUUUUCAUUUGGUGUGACUAUGUAUGAGUGCUUGGCGUGGUGUGAGUCGUACAGUAAAGAGGAUUUUAGAUAUCCAUGGGACAUCGUCGAUUAUGUGAUGUCUGGAAAACGACAAGGAAAACCUUCCUGUGUGAGCGAAGAAGUUUUUGAUGUUGUUAGUGGUGCGUGGGAACAACUACCUGAAAACAGAAGCUCGGCCGAUAAAAUCGUGAAACAACUUGAUGUAGAAUAUAAUAAAGCUAAAAAUAAUUAA